AUGUCGGUCUCGACUGUCAUGAUGUGCCAGAUGAUUCUCAUUUGUUUCUUCACCUUCGUUUGCUUCUAUCUCUACAUGGUAGCUUUGGAUCACAUUACUACCGCAAGUUUGAGAUAUCCCACUGACCUCCCCCCCACCUGGUGUUUAUUCCCCGAUCCCCGUCCCCUUUUCUCCUCUUGGGCCCAGUUCUCCGUUUCGUUGUUCGCCCAGUUUUGCUCGCUCUUUCCUGCCCGGCCCCAUCCCCAGCCCCUCCCCCAGCCCUUCUUCCGUGUCUUCGGACACACCAAAGUCGAAAGGGUUGCUCCUUUCGCAUCAAUUUUUGUGCACCUCGUAUGGGUGGCUUGGCUCGCAGAUGUGGCCAGAUACGUUUGGGACUAUUUGGUCCCCCAGGUUGUCGCCCCCGCCCCCGCCCCAGGUCCAGUCCCCGUCCCUGCUCCGCCACCACCAAUGUCAUUGGUGGAUAAGUACCUCGGCGAGGAACUUAAUCCACCUGAGUACUCGUGGGAGUCUUUAACGGCCCCUGGUCCGAAGCACGAAGAUUUUCUUCGUAGCUUCGAGCAGGAUGCUGGGAGCUCCCACGAGCUCCUGGAAAGAUACCUCCGAGGUAUCUUGGAGCGGGGACGGGAGCGGCGCGCCGCCGAAGAGGAGAAAAAUGCGGCCGCCGGAGAGGGGAUUGGGCACCCCCUCCCACCACUACCGGCAUCACCAACGCCGCCACCGCUGCCGUCGCCGCCGCCACAAACAACCACCUGCGGGGGUUGGAUUCAGGUCUCAGGACCCGAACCAACAAUGCGGCGCCCCGCCAAACGCGCCGUCGAAGGGGGUGGGGACCGUGAGCGGGAGUGGAAAGUUUCUCGGCUGGAGUCAGCCGAGGACUUCCCUCCCAGCACUUCUGUGCCCACGGUCCUCCCCUCACGGAGGAACCGCUGCCGCCGCCGCCUCCCAGAUCCCAAAUUCGUCCUACUCUGGGAGGCGGCAAUGAAACCGCUCUUCGAUUCUGACUGGUGGAAGGGCUGGCCCCUGUUCAAGGGACAGGGGCCGAUGCCCGUCCCUCCACUCAGCGCCUACAGCCGGGCGCUUGACCGGCUGUGUGAGGCCACUGAGGCCGUGUUGAAGAUGAGGCGGGAGGAGUACCAGGAGGCUUUGGCGGGCCUCAACGAAAUCGAGCGAUCCUUGGCCGAAAUAAAGGCCAAGAUCGCCGAUUUAGACUCGAGGGAGUGGCUUUGGGAGGAUACCUCCUCGGAAAUAACCCCCGAGGACGAGGCCACCCUCCCAGUGGUCCUCAUAGACUAA